ACGCGGAUCAGGGGUCACGCCCACGCUCUAACACGCGGCGGUCGCGAAGAGAACGCUGCGACCAUUCCUCUUUUCUUCCUCCCUCGCUUCCGGUCUCCCUUCCCUGUUCCUCGGUGGACGCGAGGGAGCGGGAGGUUGGUCCGUAGGCAGGGUUAGAUCCUCGCGGCGCUCGAUUCCGACGGUGGCGGGCGAAGAUGUUGGACAUACAGAAGCGGCGCGUGCGGCUGCUGCUCCUCAUCACGGGCGUCGUUGCGCUCAGCAUGACCGCUGAGAAGUUCAGGGAACUUGUUGGAAAGGAGGCUGCAUCAAAGAGUGGUCAAUUCACAUUCAUGAACUGCUUUGACAUGGGCUCUGGCAGCCUUGCAUGCACAGCAAAGGAGGGUGUCAAGUUGUACGUCAACAACAUCCGAAGUGCACACUUGGAAAUGGUGCGGCAGCGAGCCAUGGAGAAAGCUUUAGCCGAUGCUGUGACACAAGGCCUAACACCUGGUGAAGCAGCCAAACAAGCUCAGAAGGUUAGUGCAAAAGCAACAAAAGUUGCUGCUCGUCAAGCCAAUAGGAUAUUGGGGCCAAUAAUUUCUUGUGGUUGGGACUUCUUCGAAGCAAUGUACUUUGGCGGAAGCAUGACAGAAGGUUUUCUCCGGGGCACUGGCACCUUGUUUGGAACUUAUGUGGGUGGUUUCCAUGGUGAGGAGCGGUUUGGGAAGCUCGGAUAUCUUGCAGGAAGCCAAAUAGGGAGCUGGGGUGGAGGAAGAAUUGGAUUGAUGAUUUAUGAUAUCAUAAGCGGCCUGAAAUAUAUGUUUCUGUCUAUCCAACCUGAGUAUGAAUCAUCUUCAUAUGCCUCAGAAUAUGGUUCAGAAUACACAGAAAUUUAUACAAACCGAGAGGAGUCAACAUACUAUGAAACAUCAGAGGAAAAGCAGGAAGAAUCAAAAUGGUUUGGUUUGUUCUGAAACUGCUAACUGAAGUGUUCUGUCUCAUACUCAGGGGCGAAGCUAGAGUGUUGCACCCCCCAAAAAUAGUGAAAACCGUGGUUUUCACUAAAAUUUCACCAUAUAUGUACCCAAAAGGCAUGUGUACUCCUCACUAAUUUGCUCUAGCUUUGCCAAGCACGGAAACAGUUAGCCUGUUUUGUUAUACAUGUCUGAAUGUUUAGCUUCAUUUUGUUUGGUUACGUAGAUUUGGUAUGAUUCUUCUUUGUAAUUCUUGGUUUGGCUACUGUGUAUAUAGAAACAUAUGGACCAACUCUUGAGGUUGUGCAGAAUGCAGUACAAAUAGCAGCAAU